AUGAGUCGGUAUCUGCGCCGUCUGCUGGCGGCGAAUGAUGCUCCGCAGGAACAGCGGGAUGGCUCAGGCGAUGUAGUGGGACAGACGGUGCUGCUUCUUUUCCUGCAUCCUGAGGAGGACGAAGAGGUAGAUCUGCUUGCGUUAGUGAAAGAGUGGAACCCAGGCGUUUUGGACUCAGAACAUGGUGGGUUGGCCUCUGGAACGGAACUGGGCCCACAGGGGUGGGCGAGUGCUAUUGGGCCAGGACUACAGGAGCUGAGGCUUCCAGGCAGGCCGCUAGUCAAUCCUAGUGUGUGGUGGUGGGACUCCAGCAUGGGGCUAGUAGAUUGGCUAGUGUGUUACCUCGGUGCUUUCGAAUUCUCAAUUCUCAACUCAACUCAACUCAUCCUCUCCUUCCCUCCCUCAGACUCUCAUGUUUCUGCUCGGAUAUCAGCUUGUCUGGCUGACAUCUCAUCAUGGAUGACAACUCACCAGCUGAAACUUAAUCCCACCAAAACUGAACUGCUGUUCAUCCCAUGUGAUUCAUCCCCAUCUCAGGAUCUUGCAAUCUCGCCUUCGGUUACCGCACGCAACCUUGGGGUAACCAUGGACAAUCAACUGUCCUUCUCCUCUCACAUUGCUAAUCUAACACGCUCAUGUCGAUUUCUCCUUUAUAACAUCAGAAGAAUUCGUCCAUUUCUUUCCUCACAGGCCACACAGGUGCUUGUUCAGUCCCUUGUCAUUUCAAGACUGGACUACUGCAACUCACUCCUGGCAGGUCUGCCUCUGAGCGCCAUUCGUCCUCUGCAACUGAUCCAGAAUGCAGCUGCACGACUGGUUUUCAACCUUCCUAAAUUUUCCCACACCACCCCAUUGCUGCGCUCCCUCCACUGGCUUCCUGUAGCUGCCCGCAUCAGAUUUAAAACACUGAUGCUCGCCUACAAAGCCAAAAACAGACCAGCACCCACUUAUCUCAAAGCACUUAUCACACCUCGAGCGCCACCACGCUCCCUCCGAUCCUCUAGCACUGCUCGACUGGUCCCUCCAUCUCUCAGGGUACAAGGAAGGCAUGCAUCGAGACUCUUCUCUGUUCUGGCACCAAGGUGGUGGAAUGAACUUCCCCUAGAUGUCCGAACAGCUGAGUCACUGGCAGUCUUCAAACGACGGCUAAAGACUUACCUCUUCAUAAAAUACUUAAAUUAGCACUUUCACAAAAACAAAACAAAACAAACAAACAAAAAAAAAAACCUCCCCAACAGAGUUUUGGACUGAUGGUAUUCCUAGUUUGUGACCUACCGAGCCAAUAUCAGAAUGUAUUUUUGAUAGACUUCAAAGCACUAUUGUAAGUCUCUCUGGAUAAGGGCGUCUGCCAAAUGCCAUAAAUGUAAAUGUAAAUGUAAUUCUGAUUGUCCAGAAGGUCGUUUAGUAAUUACUUCUAUAAUAUACACAUACUAAUAUUAUUAGUAUUAUUUAACAAAGAAAAACAUAUAAUCAUAGUGUGCUGAAGUUUUCUGUGAGGAGACAUUAAUUUAACAUUUAUAGAAGGAGUCUCCAAUGCCAGCAAUUUGUAGCAGUCACAGGUAAAACUGUUCUUUUAAGUUUUCUGCCACAGGAAAGUCUACAGGAGAGAGGACCUUGUACUUUAUAGUUUCACAGUAAUAAGACAAACUGCCUUUUGUCUUAUUAAAAUGAGAGGGGGAAAAAAGAAGUUGCUGAUGGAAAAACAGUUUAUAGCUUGUGUACCAUAAAAGAUAACAGUAAGUAACUUGUUUUGUGGACAUUCCACAUUAGAUGUAACUAUACACAGAUACAAAAUGUGGUGUGUCAUUCUUUAAUAAGUAAAAGUUGUAAUCAUUGGCAAAUUGCUG